AUGGCACCAAUCACCAGAAGUUCUAUAAGAAGGAUUAUCAAGUCAAAGACUGAUCUCAAACUAGCUAAUGACUCUACAGAUAUCUUGAUCAAUCUUGAUUAUAUGCUCUUUGUUAGAGAUUUAAUGUUUGAAGCUGAAAAACUUGCUGAUAAAUCUGGAUCAAGUGAAAUAUUGUCAACCCAUUUAAGAAUGGCUAGAGUUAAUGUGUUAAAAAAAUACAGGGGUUGA